AUGACAGAAUGUGUGCCAGAGAAGCAGAGGUCCAUUCUGAACCAGUUGACAAGGUCCCUUCUAAGGAAGUAUGACUGUGGCGUUCGACCCGUUCACAACUGGACCAGUCCAACCACGGUCCAUAUAGAUCUGAUCCUGCAGUCUGUGCUGGAUGUGGAUGGAAAGACCCAGAGCAUUACCAUGAGUUUUUGGUAUCGACAGAUGUGGACAGAUGAGUUCCUGGUUUGGGACCCAGACGAGUUUGAUGGUAUCACUGAGAUCUCACUGUCAUCUGACGCCAUGUGGAUUCCUGAUAUAAUAGUUUGCGAAUUUGUGGAUGAGGGGAAAUCACCUCCCAUUCCCUACGUGUACAUCAACUCUUCCGGCUCGGUGAAGAACCACCGCCCCAUGCAGGUGGUGUUGGCCUGCAGUUUGGAAUUGUACGCCUUUCCAUUUGACAAGCAGAACUGCAGCCUCACCUUUCGCAGCUGGCUUCACUCAGUGAAGGAAAUCGAUUUGGCUCUGGGGCGGAGUGCAGAGGCCAUUGCUAAUGAGAAGAGAGAGUUCAUGAAUGAUGGAGAAUGGGAGCUGCUGUCCAUUCCCUCCCACUACUGGCAAUCUCACCAAGGAGACACCGACUAUGCCCACAUCCAGUUCAACGUGCUGAUCCGACGGCGCCCCCUGCUGUAUGUGGUUGGUCUCCUCAUCCCCAGUAUCUUCCUCAUGUUGGUAGACGUGAUCAGCUUCUAUCUGCCCCUGAACAGCGGCACCCGUAUCACCUUUAAGAUCAGCAUCCUGCUGGGCUACACUGUGUUUAGAGUCAACCUGACGGACGAACUGCCCAGCACGGCAGUGACAACCCCACUCAUAGGUGUGUUCUUUGCUGUGUGCAUGGCCCUGCUGAUGCUUAGCCUGAUCAAGUCCAUCCUGGUGGUGAAGCUGCUGCACCACAGUGAGAAGGAGGUCAGGGAAAUGUCACUGACCGCGUGCCUGCUCGAUAAGUACGGCUCGGGCGACCACAGCCUCACUGAGAGCACCAUCACUGCCAUUAAGACUCUGGACAGCAGCAACCAGUCUGGAGAUUAUGAGCUGGAGCCAUCACUGGAGGAGGAUUUGCUGUUGUUAAAUGAAGCCCAUGAGGUUCCCUCUGUGCUACAUUGGCUUCUCCAGGAGCUGGUUUCACUCCGCCUCACCUUGUCCCAGGAUGACAGUGGGUCGUUGUCCCAGACCACAUGGCUGGACCUCUGCUCUAAGGUUGACUGCAUUCUUUUUCGGGUCUAUCUGUUUGUUCUGGGAUUGUAUGCCAGCACCCUGCUGCUGGUGGAUGCUGGAUGGAUGGCGGAAAUUAGGACCUGA